AUGACCUCCAUUGAUGAUCUCUUUCGAAAACCAAACGCUGCUCCCAAGCGCAAACUUGAAGAUCCUACCGCGUCCUUCACUGACUCUCUCUCCAACAAAUCCUCCAAAUUGACCAAUGGUUCCUCCCCGCGCGGCGCUACAAAUGGCAACGGCAAUGGAACCCAGGAAGCCAUUUCCACCAACGGCUCUGCAGCCAAGACUGCAUUUGUUCAAGACGAAGAGCCCGACGAUGAGAAUGAUCUCGAAGCCGGCCCCUCUCUGCCCCCGGAAGACGCGGAAGAAGAAGUUGGGGACGAUGAAGAGGGCCGUUUCUUUGGCGGCGGAGUGACUCAAGAAGAACGCGAAGUGAUGGAUUACAUUGAGAGAAACGAAGAAGGCCAGGCGGAAGAGAAGUUCGAUUCCCCUUGGCUGCGUCGUACCGCGAUCAACUUUGAGCGAAAGAUCAAUAAGAACGCCGAACUGCGCGCAAAAUUCGAGGGUGAUCCUCUCAAAUUCGUCGCCAGUGAAGCCGACCUCGAUACUGAAAUCAAAGGAUUGAGUCUACUCAGCGAACACGGUGAACUCUAUGAAGAGUUCGUCAAGAUGGGCUGCGCCAACAGUUUGAUUGGUUUGUUGGCGCAUGAAAACACAGACAUUGCCAUUGGAGUCUCGGAACUACUUGCCGAACUCACCGACGAAGAUUCCACCACAACUGAAGAGCAGUGGCAGACGUUGGUCAAAGCAAUGAUCCAAAGUGACGUUGUUGGACUAUUGACCAGCAAUCUUACGCGUCUGGAUGAGGCCAAUGAGACCGACAGGUCUGGUAUUUACCACAUUUUGAAUGUGUUUGAAAACAUUCUCUCGGAAACGAAGAAUAUGGAGAUCGUUGGUUCUAACGACAACCUUAUCAAUUGGCUAUUGAUGAGGAUCAAAAAGAUUGAUGUCAACGCCAGGGGGAAAGUUGGACAAAACCGACAGUAUGCUGCCGAAAUUCUCGCCAUUCUGCUGCAAUCUAGUCGUCCUAAUCGAGACCGCUUCGCCAUCAAAGAAGGCGUUGACGCUCUACUUGAACUACUCAGCAUCUAUCGCAAGAGAGAUCCCGAAAAAGAAUCCGACGAAGAGGAAUUCGCGGAGAAUCUCUUCGACUGCUUAGCCAGCGUGGUGGAAGAACGAUUAGGCGGUCAAAAAUUCAUCGAGGGCGAAGGCGUCGAACUUUGUCUAAUCAUGAUCAGGGAAGGACGACUGGCAAAGUUGCGGGCUCUGCGGGUUCUUGAUCACGCCAUGAGCGGCGGCAACGCCCCGCCUGUUUGUGCACGACUGGUCAACGCCGCAGGGCUGAAAACGAUAUUCGGCCUUCUCAUGAAAGGAAAGAGAGCUGAGCGAAGUCUCAUCGAACAUCUGAUCGGUAUGCUCGCCAGUCUGCUGAGGUACUUACCGGGCGGCUCAGCCGUCAGAAUUCGCGCUCUUGCCAAAUUCGUGGAGAAGGACUACGAAAAACUCCUGAAAUUGGUGGAAUUACGACGCGAAUACAAAACGAGAUUAAUCAAGGUUGACGCUCAAAUACAGAAGGAACGUGAAGAUCUCAGUCCGAGCCAGAUAGAGGACCGAGAGGAUGAAUGGCUGUCUCGCCGACUCGACGCGGGAUUGUUCUCCCUUCAGUCCAUAGAGCUGAUCUUGAGCUGGAUGGUUGCAGAGGACAAUGGUGCACGGCAGACCAUUGCAGUGCUACUGGGUGAGGACGGCCUCAAGAUCCUUGAGCGUAGCCUCAGAGAUCAGUUGAUCGGCAUGGAUCCUGGUCAGAGUGAUGAGGCCAAGGCGACGGAAGAAAUGCUCGAGGCUUUGAUCUCUUGCGUGGAGCAAUAG